AUGUGCCUUCCCCUGUCCUGCGCGUUCAAAUCCUGCUCCCGUCUUCCCCUUCUCCCGCAUCUAGCCCCUCCCUACAGAUCCUCCACGCACGCGCUUCAGAAUGUGCUUACCACUGCUUCGCCCUUGUGCCCCCCCUCCCCUAUACCCCCCUGCUUUCCCCUCUUGCCACCCUUUCCCCUCCCUCCCCCUCCUCUCUUCUCAUCCCCCCUCUCCCCCACCUUUCCCAUCUCUUCCCAUUCCCCCUUUCUUUCCCCUCUCUCCCCCUCUCUUUCCCUUCUAUCUCCCCUCUCCUUCCCUCUCUCUCCCACUCCCCUCGCGGCACCCUCCUGCCAGGCACACGGCCACCAUGCGAACAUGUCACUGCUGGCGAGGCGGACGUGGUGGUUACCACUUCAUCCCCCUUCUGCUGCCGCUCUCCCUCCCCCCCCCUUCUCUUUUCCCCCUCCACCUCCCCCCCUCGCACUCUUCCCCCCUCCAAUCACCCCACGCCCCCGGCCUCACCCGUGCCUCUUGUACCUCUCGCUCCCCUCCUCCCCUCGCUCCCCUCCUCCCCUCGCUCCCCUCCUCCCCUCGCUCCUCCCCUCGCUCCCCUCCUCCCCUCGCUCCCCUCCUCCCCUCGCUCCCCUCCUCCCCUCGCUCCCCUCCUCCCCUUGCUCCCCUCCUCCCCUCGCUCCCCUCCUCCCCUCGCUCCCCUCCUCCCCUCGCUCCCCUCCUCCCCUCGCUCCCCUCCUCCCCUCGCUCCCCUCCCCUCGCUCCCCUCUUCCCCUCGCUCCCCUCCUCCCCUCGCUCCCCUCCUCCCCUCGCUCCCCUCUUCCCCUCGCUCCCCUCUUCCCCUCGCUCCCCUCUUCCCCUCGCUCCCCUCUUCCCCUCGCUCCCCUCCUCCCCUCGCUCCCCUCCUCCCCUCGCUCCCCUCUUCCCCUCGCUCCCCUCUUCCCCUCGCUCCCCUCUUCCCCUCGCUCCCCUCCUCCCCUCGCUCCCCUCUUCCCCUCGCUCCCCUCUUCCCCUCGCUCCCCUCUUCCCCUCGCUCCCCUCUUCCCCUCGCUCCCCUCUUCCCCUCGCUCCCCUCUUCCCCUCGCUCCCCUCUUCCCCUCGCUCCCCUCUUCCCCUCGCUCCCCUCUUCCCCUCUCUCUCCUCUCCCCCUCGCUCCCCUCUUCCCCUCGCUCCCCUCUUCCCCUCGCUCCCCUCUUUCCCUCGCUCCCCUCCUCCCCUCGCUCCCCUCUUCCCCUCGCUCCCCUCUUCCCCUCGCUCCCCUCUUCCCCUCGCUCCCCUCUUCCCCUCGCUCCCCUCUUCCCCUCGCUCCCCUCUUCCCCUCGCUCCCCUCUUCCCCUCGCUCCCCUCUUCCCCUCUCUCUCCUCUCCCCCUCGCUCCCCUCUUCCCCUCGCUCCCCUCUUCCCCUCGCUCCCCUCUUCCCCUCGCUCCCCUCUUCCCCUCGCUCCCCUCUUCCCCUCGCUCCCCUCUUCCCCUCGCCACCCCCCUCCCCUCGCCACCCCCCUCUCCUCGCCUCUCCAGGCGUUCCACCCGCAUCCGACCUUCAACCUGCACGCCCUCGCCUCUCCGCUUCUUCCAUUCCCAUCUUCCCCCGACUGCUCUCCCCCCUCCCCCCAACAGCACUCUCCGCUCCCUCUCACUGCAUUCCCCUCUCUUUCCCCACUUUUCUCCCCUCCUCCCUCCACAGAACCCACACUCACCCCCACUGCUCUUCACCCUCCCACUCGCACAUUGAGAGUGACCCACCAUAUGGUCAGCCACCAUAUGGUCAGCCACCAUAUGGCCAGCCACCAUAUGGCGUACGACCAGCAUCUGAACAUGAUUCUGGGGGAGGCGGAGGAGGUGGUGACCACCGUGGAGAUAGACGACGAGACCUACGAGGAGAUUGUCAAGACAUCAAGGCGCAACAUCCCGUUCAUUUUUGUGAGAGGUGACGGGGUCAUUCUGGUCUCGCCUCCACUGCGCACGUAG